AUGACUUCUACAAGUCCGCCGCAACCGAAGAAACUCUCCACUCUCAUCGCCAAGGGGACGCCGAUGAUAUUGGACGGCGCGCUAGCAACCUAUCUGGAAACCCUGGGAGCAGACAUCAGCGGCGCACUAUGGUCUGCCGAUAUUCUCAUUAAGAAUCCCUCACUCAUCAAACAAACACAUCUGGACUACUACCGCGCAGGCGCAAAUGUCGCUAUUACCGCGUCGUACCAAGCCUCUAUUGCCGGCCUUGUCAAGCACCUGUCGUUGAGCGAAAAGGAGGCCAAGGACGUGGUGAAAAAGAGUGUGGAACUUGCUCAGGAAGCUCGGGAUCAAUACAUCACCGAGACAAGCCCAGAUGUUGGAGAUGAGCUAUUCAUUGCAGGAAGUGUAGGGCCUUAUGGCGCGUUCCUCGCAGACGGCUCGGAAUACCGAGGAGACUACGUUGUGCCAAAAGAAGAAAUGAAAAGUUUCCAUCGCGGCCGCAUCCAAGCGCUGGUAGAAGCAGGUGUUGAUAUCCUGGCCUGUGAAACAAUACCAUCCAAGGCCGAGACUGAAGCCCUCAUCGGGCUGCUUACCUCUGAAUUCCCCUCUUCAGAGGCAUGGUUUGGCUUCACGCUCCGAGAUAGCAACCACAUCAGUGACGGCACACCGUUAUCAGAAAUUGCCGCGCUGUUCAGCGAGGUCGAGCAGGUUGUUUCCUUAGGCUUCAACUGCGUUCCUGACGAUCUUGCACUCUCUGCUCUUCAGGUGUUAAAACCAUUGAUGAAGAGGGGGACAAUGAUUGUGUAUCCGAACUCCGGGGAGCAGUGGAAUGCACAGGCGAGAGAGUGGGAGGGCAAGCGGACAGAAGGCUCGAAGCUGGCUAAGAAGACAGAAGAGUGGAGGGAUGUUGGCGCAGGGCUGAUUGGAGGGUGUUGCCGGACUACACCGGAUGAUAUCGGGGUCAUGAAGAAGACUCUGGCAUCCUAA